AUCAUGGAUCCUAAACUCUACAGGGCUGCAAAAUUUGGUGACAUUACAUUUCUCAGACAAGUAGUGAAUGAAGAUUCCAAUCGAUUGGUGAUGAGAGUAACUCCACAAGAGAACACAGCUCUUCACGUUUCUGUGAGGUUUGGUCACACAAACUUUGUGAAAGAAGUGUACGCUGCGCUUCUCCUUAGUAAUCCAAGUUUAGAAGGCAGCACCGAUUACAGCAGAAGCCUAUCGCUUCUCACAAUGGUGAACUCAGUAGGUGAUACUGUCCUUCAUGUAGCUGCCAGAGCAGGCUACGCUUCCAUAGCUGAAUUUCUCAUUGAAAAGAUUCUUCCUUGGCCUGCUCAAGACCAUGAAGUCGAAAAUGGAAAUAGUUCAUCAGAUCCCAGAAACAGAACAAGAGAAGUCGCUCGUGAGAAAAUAAGGAUGAGAAAUAAGAGGAAGAACACGGCCCUGCAUGAAGCUGUUCGAAGAAAUGACCUUGUGAUGGUGAAGUUGUUGAUUAGGGCAGACCCUGAAUUAGGGCAUCCCAACUAUGAUGCUGAUGCUGAAGGUGGUGAGUCUCCACUCUACCUGGCUGCUAGAGAUGGACGCUUGUAUAUCAUCAACCAAAUCCUUCACAUUUGCCCAUCUGCAGCUCAUGGUGGACCAUAUGGUCGGACAGCUUUACAUGUAGCCGUGGUUGACGGGAACAUACAUGUGGUGAGAUCACUGAUAAAGAAGAAAGGAGAAGUUGUGAAUAAAGUAGAUGAAAAUGGAAGAACCGCUCUCCACUAUGCGGCAUCCAAAACAUGGGGCCACAAGAUAGUACAGCAGUUGCUAAGGCCACAUGAUACUUCCAGUGCGUAUCAAUUGGAUAAAGAUGGUGUCUCACCCCUUCACAUCGCUGCUCUUAAAUCAAGGAUUAGUGUAUUUCAAGAGCUCAUCCAAUGGUGCCCAGAUUCAGGGGAGUUGUUAGACAAAAAGCUUCGUAAUGUUCUUCAUUUUGCUGUGAUGAGUAAGGAUUUCAAGAAAAUCAGGUUUGCCAUACAACAAGUAGAGCUUGAGGAUUACGUAAACCAGCCAGAUGAUGAGGGAAACACCCCAUUCCAUCUCGCGGCAACACAAAGCUCUCUCGAUCUUAUGCAACUUUUUAUUUCAAAUAGAAGAAUAGACGUACGGGCUACUAACAACAAGGGCCAGACAGCUACUGAUAUUUUUGCCUUGAUCGCUUGCCAAGCCAAAAUAACGGGUGGCUUGUAUCGUUUUAUGACUUUUAAUUUGCGGUAUCGCUUUGCCAUAAGAGGAGAAGAAAAAUGGAUAAUAGAAGGAGUGAAUGAGGAGCAAAUACACACCGACCCGAAUAACCAAGGGGAAGUACCACUAGUAGCAGCAGCAGCAGCACCAGCAAAAUUAGAAACUAUACGGCGAACAGGAAAGGCUUUGGGGCAAACCCUCCAAAUAGUAGCCUCUGUUAUUGCCACAGUCACCUUUGCUGCAGUUUUACAAGUUCCCGGUGGAUACAAUAGCAGUAAUGGAAGGCCUAUACUUUGGGACAAUCCAAACUUCCAAAACUUUAUAGUCCACGAUGCUCAAGCCAUGAGACUAUCGAUUUUCGCUUUGAUCCUCAUGUUAGGAGCACCAGCUAUUGGCAACAAUUUUUAUUCUUUCUCAUUCAUAUUGGCUUCGCUUCUUAUAUACCAAGCGCUGAAUGAGGUUUCAGAAGCAUUCCGGGAGGGCUUCACUGCAAUAUUACCUCCUAACUCUUUCUCUAAGGCUUCAGCCGCAAUCUUAUCAUUCAAUCUAUAUAUUCUCCCUUGUAGGAGUUGUAUCCUGUUCUUGGUGGUACUUUUCCUUUUUGUUCUUAAUCGUGCGUUUAAUAAGUUAAGGAACCAUUAUUUCUCCAUUGUAAAACGAAAAAAAUAG